UGUGGCCUGCCAACUAUUUGACCAUAUUCUCUCUGACCUCUGUUCAACUGGUUCAAUUUUGACCACCCCAUCUGUCGUUACGGAUUUAUGGCUCCCACAAAGCGCCGCAAGCAGGCAAACGGCGCAGCCGCGCCUGAUGCCACCGAAUUUACAGGCACUGACCAUGCACCGUCGAGGCGACGUAGAAAUAUACGGGGUCGUCGAGGAGGCUUGCGAAAUUUACCCGAUAUGCCUUUGGAUAUCCUCUAUGAGCCUGACAGGUGUUUUCCCAUCUGAGGCCUGUAGAUUUGUUGAAUUUGUCUCGAGCAAGCAAGGGUUUUCGCGCUCUUCUCAUGAAUAAGGGGUCUGCUACGUAUUGGAAAGCGAGCCGUCGCAACAUUGAUGGCUUGCCAGAAUGUCCGCCAUUCCUCAGUGAACCAGCAUUCGCUGACUUGUGUUUCGGGUCUCACUGUCAUGGAUGCUGUAAACCCUGCGCGCGCAUUCUUCUCUGGGUGUUUCUGAAGAGGUAUUGCAGUAAUUGCAAGAACGCAAGGGUGGUGAAGAAGCGAAGCUUGCCCCCUGACGCUUUCGUCGUUCACAUGUCCGUGGGAGUAGAAACCAGCUUGCCAGUCACAAUACAUGUGAUUCGAGAGCACAAAUGUCAGGUCGAAUACGUACACAAGCCAGAUGUAGAGUCUCGCACUGAGGAAUUUGCUCAGGUGGAACCAGGCAAACAAUUUGAGUGGCUCGCUUACCACAAGCAACGUGUUCGCGAUACAAUGGAUUUUGCUGCACGAUGCGAGCAGUGGCAAGAGAAUGUGGCUGGAGCGCGUGUGGAUGAUAACCAUGCGAAACAGGUUACGCGAUACAAUGCCAUUAUGGCCAAACUUCGAGAGCUGGGUUGGAGCGACGAGCUGGACAAGAUGGGCUCGGGAUAUUCACCUUUAAGGUCCCUCCAUGCUGUCAGCAAGGCAUCCCUCUUAACUGAACAAGAAUGGAAGAAAAUCCAGGACGAAGUAAUUGAGUUCAUGGAAAGGAUGAAAGCAUCUCGACUAGCCCGAGAAUACCGCGAGGUCCUCUUCAGGCGCUUUAACCUGUUUCAAAUGGCAUUGAAUCGGUGGGACUUUGGCAUUAUGGUGCCUUCAUGGCGUUAUAUUGCUUCGUCUACUCAGGUUCGCUCGAUUCUCAAUGCGCCAAUCAACAUAGGCCUCGACCAGAAUAAUCUCCACCAGUUGCGAUGCUUUGUUCCUGAUGUAAUCAAGCAAUGGUUGGUACAUCGGAAUCAAAUGCUGUCAAAUUGUGUUAAGCUUUCAAUGGCAUCACCAGAGGGGCUCAAUCCAUUGGAUCUAGCCAUAACAAGUUUCUACUAUUGCGAUGGUUGGAAGCACCGUGAUCGCCCAUCACUCUUAUCCUUCUGCGAUGCCUGCUAUCACAAAUGCGGGAGUAUUCACAUGCCUUCCUCUGCUGCCGAGGAUGAUCACUAUGUCGACGUCCUAUACGAAUAUUCCUGGUUGGAUGAUAACUCUUUUGACGAUGCCGAUGCAUUGGAAAUUCCUCUUCUCGUCAUUCAAUCGGUCAUUCAGGCGUGUGGUCAAGAUCCGUCCACUGUAGGUACAGUGCAAAUGGACCAGCUUUCUGUUCGCCUGGGUUGCCCUUUCGGAUGUACCGGUCACUAUGUCCGCCUUGUGAUGAAUUGGCGUGCUGCGAUCGUCCAUAUUUUCUCCCACCUAUUCGGGCAACGGGGACUCCUCCCGGCGUACAGUGGGUCAUCCAAUUAUAUCGACCCUCUCAAGCGUGAGAUCCCACCUAUUCCGUUAUGUUCUCAGGAGGACGCUGCGAGGGUUUCACCGUUGGACGCAGUGUCUAUGUUGCGAGUCACUCACGAAAUGGAAGGCAACAUGGUAUGGUUCUGUACUCAUUGCAAAUAUUACACGUGGGCAUCGUGCACGAAGUAUAAGACAGAGAUGCACGUGAAACGAGUGCAUGGUGUCAACAACCCUGCCAUCUUCGUUGAUAUCACCUUUGACCGCGGUUCACCAUUGGUUGCUCGUCCGAUCUAUAUUGUUUCGGACAAGAUGCCUAUGAACGAACUUCCUUCCCAUGUUCGCGAAGCACUGGCCGCAAAUGAAGCCAUCAUCGUUUCCUAAUGCUAUCCGUGCCCGCAUCGUAGACAGAGGAAUACUGUAGAUGAACGUCACAUAUUGGCUUGAAUAUACUUUUCACGGAACAUGCUGACUUGCCU